AGAGGCUGAUAUUUGGUACCACGAUUGGACAGCAUGCUGACACUAGCUCCUCCCAUUUGUAGGGUCAUCUAAGAAAAAAUACCAAAAUUCAUAACAUCUUUCAUACAUCCUCCACUCUGCACUGUACCCUCAGGCACUUUAACCCCAAGCUUGUUUUUGUUUAUUUCAUUAUUAUUUAUUUCAUUCACAUUUUGUAUCCACUCAUGAUUUGACCUGCUGAACUUUUUGGAAGAUUUGACAUCAUGAACUCACCGUACGCAGCAGUGCAGUAUUAUCCUGAGUUUCCUCUUCAUAGAUUAAGAGACCCUCCGACUCGAUUGUCCUGGAGAGAGAGCUCAUUCCUCAGUGCCAUGUCUCAAAAUCAGUCGGCGCAAACACCUGAGUUCCUGAGCCAAGAUGUUUUCAACCAUCUCUUCGACAUGCUGGACCAAUCUUCCAUUAAUUCAGUCCAGCCGAUUGAGCUGAAUAUCACCGAGAGCCCAACUGAUGGAUCUUCGGGAAACACAAUCCAGAUCAGCAUGGACUGCAUCACCAUGCACCAGCCGGACGAGACAAUAGCUUCGCAGUACACAAACCUGGGGCUCCUGAACAGCAUGGAUCAGAACAUCCAGAAUGGCGGCUCCACCUCGACCAGCCCGUACAACAACGACCAUGCACAGAACAACGUGACGGCGCCGUCUCCGUACGCCCAGCCCAGCUCCACGUUUGACGCCCUCUCCCCCUCACCGGCCAUCCCAUCCAACACAGACUACGCUGGGCCCCACACCUUCGACGUGUCUUUUCAGCAGUCCAGCACAGCCAAGUCUGCCACCUGGACAUACUCCACAGAAUUAAAGAAGCUCUACUGUCAGAUCGCCAAGACUUGCCCCAUUCAGAUCAAAGUCUUGACCACGCCGCCCCAGGGUGCGGUCAUCAGAGCCAUGCCCGUUUACAAGAAGGCAGAACACGUGACCGAGGUGGUGAAGAGGUGCCCGAACCACGAGCUGAGUCGCGAGUUCAAUGACGGUCAGAUCGCCCCGCCCAGUCACCUGAUCCGGGUGGAGGGGAACAGCCACGCUCAGUAUGUGGAGGACACCAUCACUGGAAGACAGAGCGUCCUGGUUCCGUACGAGCCUCCGCAGGUGGGAACUGAAUUCACCACCAUCUUGUACAACUUCAUGUGCAACUCCAGCUGCGUGGGCGGAAUGAACAGACGUCCCAUCCUCAUCAUCGUCACCCUGGAGACCAGAGAUGGUCAGGUGUUAGGCCGCCGCUGCUUUGAGGCCAGGAUCUGUGCGUGUCCAGGCCGUGAUCGAAAAGCCGAUGAGGACAGCAUCCGCAAGCAGCACGUAACAGAUGGCACAAAGAGCAGUGACGGUACGAAACGCCCAUUCCGUCAGGUGUCCCACGGAAUCCAGGUCUCCACACUCAAGAAGAGGAGGUCCACGGACGAGGAGGUGUUCUGCUUGCCUAUUAAAGGACGUGAAAUUUACGAGAUGCUGGUGAAAAUCAAAGAGUCCCUGGAGCUCAUGCAGUUUCUGCCCCAGCACACGAUUGAGUCGUACCGACAGCAGCAGCAGAACCUCGUGCAGAAACAGAGCUCCAUGCCCUCCCAGCCCACCUUCGGCCCCAGCUCCCCCACCCACGGCAAGGUCAACAAGCUGCCCUCCGUCAGCCAGCUGAUCAACCCGCAGCAGCGCAACACUCUGACCCCCUCCGGCAUGUCUGGCGGCCUCACUGACAUGACUCCCAUGAUGGGCACUCACAUCCCCAUGAACGCUGAUAUGAGUUCACUGAGCCCCACACAUGCACUGCAGCCCCAGCUGCCCCUGGUGCCCUCCUCCCACUGUACCCCCCCUCCUCCAUACCCCAUGGACAGCAGCAUCUCCAGCUUCCUCAUACGGCUGGGCUGCGCAGGCUGCCUGGAUUACUUCACAGCACAGGGCCUAACCAACAUCUACCAGAUUGAGAACUAUAACAUGGAGGACCUGUCCCGGCUCAAGAUCCCCGCCGAGUUCCAGCACAUCAUCUGGAAGGGCAUCAUGGAGCACCGACAGGCCAUGGAUUUUUCCCCCCCGCCCCACAUAGUGCGCACCACCAGUGGGGCCUCCACCGUCAGCGUGGGCUCCUCUGAGGCUCGUGGCGAACGCGUCAUUGACGCCGUGCGCUUCACACUGCGCCAGACCAUCUCUUUCCCGCCACGCGACGAGUGGUCCGACUUCUCCUUCGACCUGGAUUCGCGCCGCAACAAACAGCAGCGUAUCAAGGAGGAGGGGGAGUAGGAGGACAGCGUCGGCCAUCUUGCCCAUUUUUCCCGCCCUUCCCCUGCUGUUGGAACAUUUCAUUCGGUGUUAGAGCCCAAACUCUCGCUCACGUACAAAUGCACUUAUUUUCCAUGAUUCUGCGGAGAUUGUCGAGCAAAGGUGCAUUUUGUUCUGGUUUCUUGAGAGCACUUAAGAAAUGUUGAGGAUUUCAAUGAGUUUCAAUGAGUGUUAUUCUUCCAUUCCCAGUGGAAACUGUGUUCAUCAUUACAUGUUCAGUCGGUGCACGUGCAUAUUUCCUCUGUGGCAGAAGUCAGCGAUGAUUGUAAACAUUUCAACAUUUCCUGUCGAAGUAUUAAGGUCGUUAUUUCUGCUUCUAUAUUUACCUUUUUUGUAUCUGUCGUGAGACCAACGCACCGCUCGAGUGUGGUGGUUGGUGAUGUAGCCGUUCGUAGGCCUGAUGCUCUUGUCCCAGUGUUGGACUGUGAGAUGACUGAUCGCCUCCUGCCCCGGUCGGACGCAAAAGUAUUUCAAAGUCAUCAGUUGUGUUUUACUGAACCUUAGCGAACAAGCAAAACCUUUGAUACGCAUGUACAUAAAUGUGGAUAGUUCUUUUUUUUUGACCUGCUGAAAAACAUGAUGAUGUGAAUAUUCUGCCUGGACAAACAUUGUAUCCGAUCGGAGAAGCACAUUCAGUGUUGGUGUAUCUUCUAUGUUCAAAUUCCAUACACACGCCUUCAUGCUUUUCAACUUUUUUUGUACAAUGUUUUGUAAAUAUUCAGGGUAUUUUGAUAUAAAUCUGAAAUAAAUGUCCACACCU